CCUAACCCACAGGUGGCAAACUGGCGGCCCUCCAGCUGUUGCCAAACUACAAGUCCCAUGAGGCAUUGCAAGAUUGACAGUUACCAGCAUGACUCCCAAAGGCAGAGGCAUGAUGGGACUUGUAGUUUGGCAACAGCUGGAGGGCCGCCAGUUUAACACCCCUGAACCCCUUACAUGCUAGGUGUCAAACUGGCGGCCCUCCGGCUGUUGCCAAACUACAAAUCCCAUGAGGCAUUGCAAGAUUGACAAUUACCAGCAUGACUCCCAAAGGCAGAGGCAUGAUGGGACUUGUAGUUUGGCAACAGCUGGAGGGCUGCCAGUUUUACACCCCUGAACCCCUUACAUGCUAGGUGACUAGGGACUUUUGCCAGUUGCUG